CAGCAUUCGGUGAAAGUGGAGGAGAGCAGAACUGAGCGCAUUCCAUAAAAAUAACCAUAACAAUUAGAAUUAAUUUCCCUCCAUUCACGCACACUCGCCCACUGGGAAGUAAACAAAUUGAUAUUUUAUUGUUUCUGUCUGCGUGUGAAUAAUAGGUAAGUGCUCGUGGCCAAAAUCAAUGGGGCUGCUCUAAACGCCAGCAAUUAUCAGUACCAAGUGGUGGAGCAAAGAACGCCAGCGGAUCCUCAGAUCGUGGAAAUAUUCCUCAAAGAUUCGGAUAUGGUGAAGGUAUGGGGCACAAAUCUGACCGCAAUAACCUGGGCCCAUGCGGUCAACAGUCAACAACUACUGGACGAAGUGCUAACCGAAACAGGUAACAUCGACUUUAUCGAGGCGGACAUUGUUCUGGGCAAACUAAAUGGCGAGGGCGAGGAUAUGCCCGUAAUGGCCCAUCCGCCGGCCAUUAUUUCGGAUCUCACGCUGGCAGAGUUCCUUUAUCAGAUCAUGGAAUUCAACAGGGAUCACGAGGGACAGGAAAAGGGCGUCAAGCUCGACUUUAAGUCGAUCGAGGUCUUCGAGGGCUCCCUGGACAUCCUGGACGAGAAUAUUCCCAGCAUGAUAGGAUAUCCUGUCUGGAUAAACGCCGACAUCCUGAGUGGACCCGUGGAACAGAACAAAACCGUGCCCGUGGAUGCGGACCGCUUCUUUGCCGGCUGCAUGCGCUAUAAGCAGGCGGCGCUCUCCAUUGGCUGGACAACAAAUUGGGGCGCUGACUUCCGAGAUGGCGAGUACACACAGGAUCAAUGCGAUGCCAUGCUGGAAUCACUGACCGUCAACAAUGUCCUGUCCACCGGUCAGGCUAUCACCUUUCCCGUGCGCGCUGGAAUCGCCGCUAACAGCCAGGAGCAACUGCAUCGACUGGUUGCCGCGGUGAACGAGACAAACGAGAGCACCCUGACCAUCUGGUCAUCCGCCGGCGACUAUGUGGAUGUGGAUAGGCUGCGCCAGUUGAUCUUCGGAUUUGGGGUGGAGAAAGUCUACCUCGACGUGCCGGAGGAGCUGGCCUCGCAAUUGGAUUUGGGAAAUUCGGGCAGCGGAGCCAGCACCUUCAAAUCGCUGUUCGGCUUUAGUUUCGUCAGUCUUUGCUUUUGGGCUCUAUCCAGCUGGCUUCAGCGGAUAUAAUAGUGUUUAAUGUGUUUUUGAAACAGGUACAAUUGUCAAAUGGAGUUAACAAUAAAUAGUUUUUAUAAUCAUUUUAUGAAUUUAAAAA